AUGACAACCAAGAAAAACAGAUAUCUGUUAGUAUUAGUCGACGUUUGCUCGAAAUGGACGGAAGCCAUAGCAAUACCAAAAAUGACACCUAGGAUUUUGAUAAAUUUUUGUGAACAAACAUUCAAAAGAUGGGGGUAUCCCGAGAUGCUUAUCAGCGAUAAUGGCCCCACUUUUAAGAGCAACUUGUGGGGAAGAUAUCUCCAACAAAAGUAUAUAAUACAAUACUUCUCCCCAGUCUAUCAUCAGCGCGCCAAUCCGGUGGAAAGGAGGAAUCAGGAACUGAAAAAACUCCUCCGGAUUGGCUGCCAACAGACCAACGAAAAUCGCUGGGACGAACUAGUGGAACAAGCCUUGGCUACGUUAAGAAAUCGAGUUAAUUCGUCCACGGGCGUGAGCCCAAGUGUCGCAUUAUUGGGGGCCCCCUUGACCCAACCAGGUGAAUGGCAACACCCUCAAGUCCGAAGGCCGGUUAGAAAUGAUCCGAUCCAUCGAGAGGAAAGAUUGCGAGAAAUUCGCAGGAAUCAAGAAGCCUUCAAUAGAAAGGAGUACCCCAGGGAUGAUCGACCCAAGGUUCAGUUCCGGGUUGGGGAUCGAGUACUGACCCGGAACCCGGUGGGUGUACGGUCUCCCCUGGGGCCUCCCUGGAUUGGACCGUAUGUUAUUGUGAGGGUUUGUGGGCUGAAUGUCUACGAAGUCAAUCGUCUGACAUCCCAGGUGUUGUUACACAUUGAUGAUCUUAGGCCGUGGACCGGGGGUCCACAAGUGGAAGAUGAUGGUGAAGACCCCAUGCACCUACCCAGGCAAGAAGAUGGCCCAGAACCCAAUCAAUUGACCGAUCCACCUGUUGAAGAGGAAAAUAGUCUGACCGAAUCCGAUACUGACGAAGAGGAAGAUAGUGUGACCGAUCCUGAUCCUGAACCAGUAAAUCCUCCAAUGAGAAGGUUAGAGAUCCCAAGGAAAAGAACAGCGGGGAGACCGUUGCCCCUCAACCUGGACCUUCAGGGAUGCCCCGAAAAACUAUGUCAAAUCAACGACUGGAAGACCACGAUGACACCCGAACUACUACCCGAGAAGACCGUACGAGUGCGGAUGCAGACCAGGCGGCCAGGAGUAUGCGACAGGAUGGAGGAGCUAUUGCGGGAAUUUACUUAA